CUAAUCGGUACACGAUUACCAAGUGUAGUAGACUUCUUGCGAAUAACUUAUUUCGCUAUGUCAUUGUGUGUGAAUUACUAAAAGCGGUAAAGAAGUAUCCAGAAGGUGGACAAAUCUCCGCGAUGCGUACUGCAAAUCCCGGAAAAAAAUUCAAAACUGUAAAAGAAGUGGUACAGGAGCGUCGACGGUGAAGAAAUAUAUUUUCAAUAAUCAGAUGCAGUUCUUGGAAAAAUGUUAUGACUCGAGAGACACAGAAGAGAGUAUAGACUAUUCUGUCACAACCGAAAUCGACAAUACAGAAUCUAUUCAUGAGAAGCCUGACGAAUAUGAGAAUACUGGAGAAAUUAUUAAGGAGGUUAACGUUCCUGCAAAUAGAAUGAUCAGAAGACGUCGAAAACCAGACGAAGUGGAUACAGCCGUUCUGAAAGCUUCUGAACAACCUCAACAACAACCAGAUACUAACAUGUCUUUUUUUCAUAGCCUGAAGCCGCAUUUAAAACAAUUUGAUGACAGCCAAAUCCUACAAUUCCAAAUAGCAGUCCUUGAAAUCAUUUCUGAAAUUAAAGAAAAAGAAAAGAUGACUCAGGCUCCGGCAUUCCCUACCAUCCCACAACACUGUUGUUCACAUGUGCCUCUUCAUCAGCAAUCACCCAAGCCUCUCUCUCAUCAACAUCAUUCCUCAUUGAGAUGCUGUAUGCAGCAACAUCACCCGUAUAAUUCAUAUCAUUCAUCACAAGAAUGCGGAAUCCAAACCAAUGUGACUCCUAGUUCUACUACUGAACUGUCUCAGUACAACCAACCGAUCUACCAAUCUCUUAAUAUAACUCCAAAAGUAGUCAGUGGCAAUAAACCCAGCAGUUGUACAUCGGGCCAAAUUCUAACGUCAACCCAAACUUCACAACCAGUCAUUAUUUCGGAAACAGCUUCAAAUUAUGAAUGUUUUGAUAAAACGUCGGACGAUAAUACUUCAUUAUCCAUUAUCAGAGUUGAUAGCCCUUUUUCUGAUAAUUCAGAAACCUUCGACUUUGGAAACUAAGUAGUUGAUUUGAAAUUAUAAGCAUGUUUUGUUCUUGAAAAUAAAAAAACUUCGAAAACUCAAAAGAAUACUUUAUCUUAACCCUUUUUGCAUCAUGUCAGUUGAGAAGGAAUGAAUUUAACGAAUUGAAGCUUCUUAAAACUUUGUGAAUUUUGAUAUAUCUAUAGAUAUAUGAAGGAAAGUCUCAUGAUGUUGUUGUCUGCCGAACGGAUUCUCAAACAUUUAUUUGAAG